CAAAAUAGUUAUAAAAUAAAUAGGUACAAAUAAUUAAAACCAGGAUACUCUCAAAUUCAAGGUAACUGAAUAUAUAUAUGUCUUUAAAAUGUUUAUCUGAAAGAAAGGGAAUAAAUAUUAUAGCUUUCUGUACCUUUUCCAAACAACGUCUGCUUUGUGUCUUUUCACCUUUGUUGCACAGUAUCCAUUUUCUCCUGAGCAACCUAGACUUCUGAUGUGCUGGUCCACACACUGAAAUUUCUACAUUUAUAUUAGAGAGGUUUGAUCGAAACUGAUUCGUAUAAAUAAUUCUGUGCUCAGCAUUCAUAUUUGGUGCAUGUGUUACAUGUUCAUAGGAUGUAUAUUGACUGUGGUCUUGUUAAGGGUGAGGUGGCUGUGGGUGUACGUCCAGCUUUGCCAAUCGAGGGGAUACACUUCAUCCUGGGCAACGGUUUGGCAGGUAGCAGAGUCUGGACUGAUGUUCCCCCUGCGUUUUUAGUCACUGGCGGUCCGAUUGAGUCAGGGUCUGAGGAGAGCUCUACAGUGUUGGCAGACGUCACGUCCUCUUGUGUGACCACUCGUGCUAUGGACAAAAAUAUGUUUGGAAACCAGAAGACCAAGCAUUGUCAAAGUGGUCGUGGCGGCGGUGGCAUUGGUGGUGGCGGCAGCGUUGAUGGUGGGCGUGGCGGCGGCAGCAGGGGUCGAGGAAGAGGCAAGGAAAUGUCCUGCUAUCGGUGUGGAGAACAAGGACACAUGGCUCGUGACUGUGGGCAUGCCAACGACCGGAAGUGCUAUUCCUGCGGUGGGCUUGGUCACAUCCAGAGACGGUGCAGUCGGGUGAAAUGUUACAGGUGUGGCGACAUUGGCCACGUUGCGGUGCAGUGCAGUAAAGCCAGUGAAACUAACUGCUACAACUGAGGAAACAUGGGCCGUGACGGUAAUGUAUUGUCUGUCAUACUGUUCGAUAAAUCGUUCUCGCUCUGCCCAUCCUUUUAAAGUGUGCUUCUCAGGUAGUUUACCUGAGUUGCUAAAGAUGUGGCUGGGUGUUGGAGGAGCGUUGGCAGUGUGAGGGUUGUAUGUUGCAAUUGGUGGUUUUGUUGGAGGUGGGGUGCAUUAUGUCUUGUGUUUUUGUUGUUCAUUACUGGUGUUUUUUGUUUUGUCAGGGUUGGGAUUGGUGUGCCGGUGGUCCUGGGGACACCGACUUUAAGGGGGGGGGGGUGUGACGACCCCUGCCUUGUCUCCUGUGGUGUGCAUGGCCCUUUAAUGUUUCCCCUCUGCCUGUGACGCCCUGAUUGGGGACACCUGACGCCCUGAUUAAGGACACCUGACGGCUGGCAGAGGAUAAAGAGGCCGGAGGCAGAGUCUCGAUCGCUCGCUCUCCCGCAGAGGACCUGACCACGGAGCAGCCACGUUGCUUAGCCUUUUUUGGCUUUUUCCUUUGUGUUAGUUUUUCUUUGUUUAUGACAAACUUUUGUUAAUAAAUAUAUUUUUCAUACA